AAUGAUUUUAAGUGACCCUCAAGGCGCGCCCCUUGAAUAAGACGUGCUUUUUCCUCGCUAACCGGGAAUAUCCAAUUUUGUGAAUUAUUCGUUUUGGGAAACCUGAUCUUCCUACCCGGCGAAUUUCAUUCAACCAUUUCUUCCUCACCGAGCCUGUGUGUGGUACUUCCCGUUGUCUCGAACCACUACCAAAGCUUCAGGUGCUACUUCUGUAGCAACAUCUUCCUCACUCUUUCAAAUAUACAGGACUUGUGGGUCUGUUACGUGAUUGCUGUGAAGCUGAAUAACCCGAAAGUUACAGGUAAAGUCAAAAGCUUUUACUUAAAUACUUUAUCCUCUUCUGUGCUCUCUAUUGUCUUUUGCUGUAAGUCUAUUGGACAAAAUAACAGUCUCUUAUUAUUUAAUCACCAGUAUUAAUUUAGGAGUAAAAUGACAAUAGAUUCUCACCCUAAAAUAAAUAAUGGGACAUCAUACUCUGUAGUCACCAGGGCUUCAGCCAAACUGGGCAAACAGGUGAAGCUGAUGGACUCACGCAUACCGGCCUUGAAGACCAGGGCACAUAUUCCCUGCUCGUACAGAUUACCCAUGUCGCCACAGUCCUACAGUGAAGCUGUGCAAAGUCAGCCAAGUGGAUGUGGCUCCACCCCUGUUAACACGACUAGGUUAACAGAGCCGAGUGGGAAAAUUGCACUAAGUGAGAACUGCAUAACACCCAUCCCCAUGGUAGACCAUGAAACAAAUAGGAAGGCCAAAAAGAAACGUUCACGACGUCGCAAGACGACAAGAACGCUCCCCAAGAAGGCAGACGACUGCAAGGUCUGCGCUUCUGUUGUCGAACAAGCAGACUCUGCUUUCGAAUGUAACUUUUGCAAGCGAUGGGUGCAUUGCAGAUGCGACAUUGGGGUACCAAAAGCAUAUUAUGACUUUAUGCGUAAAAACCCAUGCCAAUGGUUCUGGUACAUAUGCCCGAGUUGCCGUCCUGAUGUAGCCUCGAGUAGUCCUCUGAAAACUAAAGUUGGCGCAAAAGUAGCAGGGAAAAAUGUGAAAUGUUCGACCCCCACCAAUCCGGAAAUUAGUACAAACGCACGUAAACCGGGGAUACCAAAAUCCUCACCGGUUAAACUUGUAACUCUUGACAUAACCGCUCCAGACACAGAGGCUGAAGCACCACGGGUUUCCGUCGUUGGAAAAAGACCCCUAUCGUCUGCCAGUAAUACUGGCCAUAGCACUGAGACACACAAAAAUACCCAGUCGCACCAGACGAACCAAAACGGUCUUAAAGGGAUCACAAAUAUGCGAGGACCGAGCCCAAGCCCACGGUUAGUAGAUCAAAUUGUGUAAUCCUCUUUAAUGUACCAGACUGUAGUAGUAGUCUGCUGAAAGAUAGGGCCCUAUUUGAUCAGGAACAGUGGUCCAUCUUGUGUAGCACACUGGGUUUGGACAUCCAACCAGUAAAUCUAUGCAGAUUGUAUAGGGGCACUGCUGCACCUGAAGGCAAACCAUCCCCACUGAGGGUAACAUUGGGCUCUACCGAGGAUGUUGAAAAAGUGUUACUGGCUUCUCAAGUCCUUUCUAUAGGGAGGGCCUGUAACAUACGUGUUAAGCCAGACAGGCCGUGGAAGGAAAGACAAAUGGCGAGGGAGUCGCCAGAGCUCAUUCCUUCUGCCUCCAUGGUUGUGCAUGGCAUUCCCGAACUGGUAACUGGGAACGCCUGCGAAAAGCAUUGUCAUGAUGUACAACAAUGGAGAUGGUUGGCAUCCCAGAUGGCCCUGGGGAGUUCAGGGGCUGUCUCUAUUUAUAGACUGCCUCGACCCACUCAUCUUAUGUCAAUUAACACGCCACGUCUGUUAGCUGUCAAGUUCAGCUCCCAAGACCAGUUGACUACCGCUCUCCAUAGAUGGUACGAGACCAAGGACAAGGUCAGCAAACACAUUCGCUGCUGCGAGAGCCGGCCUCGCACCCAAAGGAGAGAACAAAGCGUAGUUAAAAAAAUCCUCAACCCCUAGUCACACUACAGCGGUGCAGCACGGACGAUGAUAGCCAGUGUCAUCCGAGUGCUCCGACUGAACUAG